GAAAGAUUAUUCAUAUAAAUUAUUUGUAAAAAAUGAUUAAAGUCACGUACUAUUAAUCUAUUACCAACUUUGCUAUGUGAGCAUUUUCGUCAAUACAUCUCUGUCUAUGCUUACAUUAGCAAUUUGGAGAACAGCCAAAUACAAUACAAUUUAUAAGCAGCUGAUGGUGGAGCAGCUGUAGAAUAAAUACAUAAACAAAACAAAGUUUUGGAUAUAAAUACUUUUAAGCAAAUACAAAAAUGGAAGCAAUACCACCACAGAAGCACUACAACCUUACACACUACCAACAACGCUAUAAUUGGGAUUGUGGUAUAUCUUGUAUUUUAAUGAUAUUGACAAGUACACAACGUCAACAUUUUAUUGAUAAUUUCUUAACCAUUUGCAAAGAAGAAGGUUUUGGUUCAAGUACUUGGAGUAUUGAUUUGUGUUACUUGCUAAGGCGUUAUGAUGUGCGUCAUGAAUAUUUUACAAAAACACUUGGAAUCGAUCCAAAUUACAAUCAACACAGUUAUUAUACGAAAAUAAUAGAUAAAGAUGAAAAACGUGUGACGCGUAAGUUUAAGGAGGCAAGUUCACAUGGUAUACGUGUAGAACAACGUACGGUAGAUAUGCAAACGCUUAUACAUCAUCUUGGACGCAAAGGACCAAUUAUAAUGCUAACAAAUGCUUCAUUACUGACAUGUGAGAUUUGUAAAAAACAUGUCUUAGAAAAUUUUGGUUGCUUUAAAUUUUCUUGUAUUACCAAAAACACACGCAUUCCCAAAAGUUAUGCUGGACAUUACAUUGUUUUAUGUGGCUACGAUAUAAAACUAAAUAAAAUAUUUUAUCGAAAUCCAGAAGUACAUGAUGGUCAUGUAUGUCAAUGUUCAACGGCUUCAUUAGAUGUAGCUAGAAAAGCUUAUGGUACAGAUGAAGAUGUGAUAUUUAUAUUUCCUAAUUAAUUUAACAGAUUUAGAGAAACCAAAGUUCAUAUAUUUUGAUAAGUACUUUUAAAGAUAUUAAAUAUAAAAAGUUUUGAAUAGGAAUAUUUCAUAAAAAUGGUACAAAACUACAUGUAAAGUUAGAUAAUUUGGAAAAAAGUCUGU